AAACGCAUCGUUUUGUGUGUGUGAUGCACGCACUCGUCCGUGUAGAAGUGUACGACCCAACAAGUGACUUGUGGGUUAUUUCAUCUGCCCCCAGCGGUCGGAUUACCCCCCUCCCCGGCCAACUGGACCCAGUAGUCUGGAACCGGCAAGUACGGCCACUGCACAUUCCAACCGGGUCUAAAUAUAUCCGGGAAAAAGAAGGGAGGUUCAAGCAUGCCCUCCAAUGCGAGAUCCAGGGCUCGGGAGCGGAACAGCGUCCUGAGUAGACCGGAGUUCAUGUCCCUCAAUCAGCCCCUUCGAGGCGGCGGUGGACCCUCGGAGAGCCGAGGAGCAGGGGGAUCAGGAGGAGGUGUUGGAGGUGGCGGCCCAAGGCGCUCCUCUUCCAUUCGGCACCAGGCGAGCCAGCAAAGCGAGGACGCCGGAGACGGUGUCCCCAAAGCGGACAAGAGAGAGCCGGGCAAGAUGCCCGAGGAGGACUGCAUGCAGCUGAACCCGUCCUUCAAGGGGAUCGCCAUCAACUCCCUGCUCGCCAUUGACAUAUGCCUGUCCAAGCGGAUGAGCGUGUGCGCGUACACGUCGUCGUCGUGGGGAGGGUGUCGCUCCAUGGUGGCCCUGCUGGCCCUCACCGGACACGGACUGACGUGGAUUAUCGGAACCAUCGUCUGCCUCACCAGGAGCAGCACCCUGGCGGGACAAGAGGUUCUGGUCAAUCUACUGCUGGCCCUCAUCCUGGACGUGAUGACCGUGGCGGGAGUCCAGAGGCUGGUGAAGCGCAAAGGACCCUGGGAGAUGACGCCAGGCUUCCUGGACUGCGUGGCCAUGGACGUGUACUCGUUCCCCGCGGCGCACGCCAGCCGCGCCGCCAUGGUGUCCAAGUUCCUGCUGUCCCAUCUGGUGCUGGCGGUGCCGCUCCGCAUCCUGCUGGUGCUGUGGGCCUUCCUGGUGGGCAUGUCCCGGGUGCUGCUGGGGAAGCACCACUUGACGGACAUGCUGUGUGGCUUCGCGCUGGGCCUCUUCCACUUUAGCUUGAUGGAGACGGUGUGGCUGUCGUCCAACACCUGCCAGACUCUCAUCUCCAUCGGCACCCUCAGCUGGAGCCCCUUCUUAUGAGCCUCUUGUGUGCGGAUGCUUUCGUACUUUCGGGUUGUCACUUUUUCCAGGACUUUUUGUGGAAGAGUCACUGGUUUUUACUGCAGGGUCGCGUGGAAGGCCCAAAUUAUGAAUAAAUAUUGUCAGAACUUAUCAUUAGCAUGGUUACCUUGCCACCGGCUAUUAGGGCCCAAAUGAAAAAUGCCUGUAAAAUCAUCUUUACGACUUUUUUAUCUGAUAUUUUCUUUCAAAUAUUAGACAAAAAUUCUCCAAAAUCACCACUGUUUAUUUGGAUCCUGACAAAUAUUUGUUUUUAUGUAAUAAGAAUUUUUGGGGGGGGUAUUUUGUCCUUUCAGUGUGGCCCUAGUACCCCUUCAUGCAUAGUACCAAACACUGUUUCCAUCCAUUUCCUGACCUGAUGUAGCAUCAGACGUAGCUCACCGUUUGAGGUCAUGCAUUUCUACCACAAUUAGUGCAAAUGUUUUCAUUUUCUGCUAUUUUAAUGGAUACACGUGCCAAAAAAAACAAAUAAUUUUGUGUACAUUCAAGACAUUUAUCUGUACAUUUUAUGUCAGGUGUUGACCUAUCCCCCCCCCAUCUCACGAAU